AUGUUCAACUCCUGCUACAAUUCAUACGGCCAGAGGGAUAAAUUUGUGAGGUUGGAUGAUCUUGAUUCUAACACUUCAGUACAAUCCAGCCCAAGUGGAAUCAUGAAGAAGCUCAGAUUUAAUAUAGAGGGCAAGCCCAUUUCUGGUCGUGAAAAUAAGAAUGCAUCAAAAUCCUUUAGGAUGGGAAUGAAGAGAGGAUCAGAUGGACUAAAGACAUUUGGAAGAUCACUGAAAAGUGGAGUCACCUGGCAAGUUUUCCCAGAAGAUCUUAAAGUAUCAGAGACUAAAAUAUUUGAUCCUCAAGAUAAGACCCUUUUGUUGUGGAACAAGUUUUUUGAGCUUCUAUGUAUUAUUUCUGUGUCAUGUGAUCCUCUCUUCUUUUAUCUUCCCUACUUCAACCUCAGAUCUCACUGCCUUGCCAUUGAUACUGCUCUUGCAUCUACUGCUAUUAUUCUGAGAUCGGUACUUGAUGCUAUCUAUCUCAUCCGCAUGGGUUUCCAAUUCCGGACUGCUUAUAUUGCACCAUCCUCUCGGGUUUUUGGACGAGGUGAACUUGUCAUUGAUCCUAAAAAGAUUGCCAAGAGAUACCUUGGGCGUUACUUCAUUGUUGAUUUCAGUUCUGUGCUGCCAUUGCCACAGAUUGUGGUGGCCAACUAUCUUCAAAAAGCAAAAAGUUUAGAGGUGUUAGCCACAAAAACGACGCUAUUGAGAGUGGUCAUCCUCCAAUAUAUUCCGAGAUUUGCACGCUUUAUCCCUUUAGCUACUGAAGUUAAAAAGACAGCUGCUGUCUUCUCUGAUAAUGCACUCGUGGGUGCCACCUACUAUUUGGUUUGGUACAUGCUUGUUAGCCAUGUAAGUCCAUCUUUCAUGAAUUCACACAUGUCAUUAUGUUUCAAUAUGAUAGGGUCUGUGUGGUACUUACUAGCUAUCGAACGAAAUGACACGUGUUGGCAGAAGGCUUGUGCUGCUGCUGUUACUCAAGGAUGUAUUCCACAUUUCUUAUACUGUGAGAGUUCAAAUAGGCGCCAUCCUGGAUAUGAAGCCUGGAAAAAUGUGAAUGGGGAUAUUCUUGACAGGAAUUGUGGAGCUGGGGGUGAGGACCCACCAUUUGAUUAUGGAAUCUACACUCGUGUGAUAGAGAAGGGUAUUACUGCCUCCAGUGAUAUGUGGAGUAAAUUCUUUCUAUGUUUCUGGUGGGGCCUUCAAAACGUCAGCACACUUGGGCAGGGGCUUGACACGAGUACUUACAUCGGGGAGGCUUUGUUUUCCAUAUUUAUAUGUAUUUUGGGGCUUGUCCUUAUGGCUCUUCUGAUUGGAAAAGUGCAGAACUACCUUCAAUCAAUCACUGUUCGUCUUGAGGAAAUGAGGAUCAAAAGGCGUGAUUCUGAGCAGUGGAUGCAUCACCGUGUGCUUCCUCAAGAGCUAAGGGAAAGAGUGAGACGCUAUGAUCAAUACAAAUGGAUGGAAACUCGAGGAGUCGACGAAGAGAACUUGGUGCAGAAUCUUCCAAAAGAUCUAAGGAGGGAUAUCAAACGCCAUCUUUGUUUGAACUUGGUUAGAAGGGUUCCUCUCUUCGCUAAUAUGGACGAACGCUUACUGGAUGCAAUUUGUGAGCGUUUAAAACCAAGUUUAUACACAGAGGGAACAUACAUUGUUAGGGAAGGAGAUCCAGUAGUUGAGAUGUUCUUCAUCAUACGUGGUCGUUUAGAGAGUGUGACCACAGAUGGUGGAAGAAGUGGAUUUUUCAACAGAGGUCUUCUCAAAGAAGGUGAUUUCUGUGGAGAAGAGCUUCUGACAUGGGCAUUAGACCCUAAAUCUGCAGCAAACUUGCCAUCAUCUACAAGAACAGUGAAAGCUAUCAAUGAAGUAGAGGCAUUUGCUUUGGAAGCAGAGAUGUUAAAGUUUGUGGCUUCACAGUUCAGGCGCCUCCAUAGCAGACAAGUUCAACAGACCUUCCGUUUCUACUCACAGCAAUGGAGAACAUGGGCAGCAACUUUCAUCCAGGCUGCAUGGCGACGGUAUAUGAAAAGGAAGAUGAUGGAGUCACAACUAAUAGAGGAGGAGGAGGAGGAGAUGGAGGAUGAGGAUGAAGACUAUGGCUCAGAUGACGAUGGAAAAGCUUUGAUUUCAAGAACUGAAAGUUCAUCCAGGGCUGGAUUUGGUUCAACCAUUUAUGCUUCUCGCUUUGCUGCUAAAGCCCUUCGUGGUCGUAAGCUUCGUUCUCUCCAAAAGCCUCCAGAACCUGACUUCAGUGUUUAUGAUCAUAGACAUUGAUUCAUUACUCGUUCAGCAGCUGAAAGAAAGUAAUUUCUGUGUCGUCUGCCUGUCUUACCCUGUUCAUAUGCAGAGAGAUGAGAGUUUUAACUUG